AUGAAAGCUUUAUGCAAGCCGCUUCGGUGCUUGUCUUUUUUGGGAGGGCGAAAACCGCCAGAUCAGUACAGCGCUGCUGAAGGGCAACACCUGUCUAAAGCGGCUGACGAUGAUGAGGAUGAGGAUGAUUUCUUUGGAGAUUCCUGGGGCGAGGGAGGCGCAAGCGGUUCCAGCGCAUCUCAGACAAAGGAGGCUGAGGCGCAGCGGAGUGGGGUGGAGCGCAAUCCGACCCGGGAGACGACGACCAAACGGCCAGCUCCAGGUGUUGCCUCGCAAGCGCCCAAGCUGGCUGCCAAGAAGCAGGAAGCGGACUUCUUCAACGAGUUGGGUAUGGAACCAGAGUACAGGGCACCAAGGGUUCUGGAGAAGGAGCACCCGAAGGGCUCAUCCGUGAGUUCUUUGUUGGACGAGCCUGCAGAGGUCUCAUCUGCUGCUUGGGGUGAUGAUUUGGAUCUCCCUCUAAGAUGA